UACUAAUAUAGAUAACGGUUUAAAUAGAAUACGGAGUAAGCAAGCCUAAAAAACAACAAGCGGCGUCGGACUGUUGGAUAUAUGUAAAUAUUCUGAAUAUAUGGCGCAGUUAACUAGCAAGACAUCCAACAUCAAGUCGUACACCGAAACUUAUCUGGAGGUUUUUGCCAUUCAAUGCUCCAGCUCUGAAACGCAGCUACGCUCCAGGGACAGCUGAGCGGUCGGACCCCACUUUCAUUUCCCCCCCUCCUACCCUUGACUCUCGGCAUGGCCGGAACGGAAGAGGUGAAUGCCGUGGGCACGAUUCUGGCCAAUCCAAAGGAAUCGCUGACGACCCGCUUUCGGGCGCUGUUCACCUUGCGCAACCUGGGCGGCGCGGAGGCCGUCGAGUGGAUCAGUCGGACGUUUGUGGACGAUUCGGCGCUUCUGAAGCACGAGCUGGCCUACUGUCUCGGGCAAAUGCAGGAUGAGCGCGCGAUACCCAUACUGGAGACCGUGCUGAAAGACACGAAUCAGGAGCCCAUGGUGCGACACGAAGCUGGUGAAGCUUUAGGGGCCAUCGGUAACCCCAAAGUGCUCGACCUGCUGAAGGAGUAUUCCGAGGAUCCCGUCGUAGAGGUGGCGGAGACGUGUCAGCUGGCCGUCAGGCGGCUGGAGUGGCUGGCCGGCGGGGGGGGCCGGGGGGAGGAGGCGGCUGACGGCAACCCGUACGCCUCCGUGGACCCCGCCCCGCCUGCGGCCAGGAAGGGCGUGGCGGAGCUGAGGGCCCAGCUCCUGGACGAGGCGCUGCCGCUGUUCGAGCGCUACAGGGCCAUGUUCGCCCUGCGGAACCUGGGCACCGAGGAGGCCGUGCUGGCCCUGGGAGACGGCCUCCUGUGCGGCAGCGCCCUCUUCAGGCACGAGAUCGGCUACGUCCUGGGGCAGGUGCAGCACGAGGCCAGCGUCCCGCAGCUGCAGGCGGCGCUGGAGCGGGCCGGGGAGAGCGCCAUGGUGCGGCACGAGUGCGCGGAGGCGCUGGGCGCCAUCGGGGCGGAGCCCUGCCUGCAGGUCCUGCGCCGUUUCCGCGCCGACCGCGAGCGCGUCGUCAAGGAGAGCUGCGAGGUGGCGCUGGACAUGUACGAGUACGAGAACAGCGGGCAGUUCCAGUACGCCGACGGGCUGCAGCGUCUGCAGGGGGCGCAGUGAGGGGGGGGGGCGGGUUGGGGGGGGGGGGGGGCGGAGCUCCGGACGGCGGGGGAAUGGGGGGACGACUUCGCCUGUGCUCGAUAAGACACGCUCAGAACUCUACAGAACAUGCUCAACAAAAAAAACCACCAAUCAGCUUGCACGUCUGUCACACCGUCUCAGUCAUCAAAUCUUUAGACCUGUUUGCUGAGAACACCUUGUUUGCUUCUGUUAAAUCGGUGUCUCCAUGAGCUGUGGAUCCUCUUAUUUACUUUAAACACAUGCAUUCUUUCUUACCUUCAGAGGUAAACAUUGAGAAUGUUUGAAUUGAAUGACGUUCAAGAGUUUUCAGUGUAUUCGAUGAAAUGGAACGACCAUGGCAACCUUACUCAUACUGGAUGCAUAAAUACAAUGAACAAGAAAAUCAGGUAGAUGAAAAAGAAACCUGGAAGUUGUAUUAACAAGUUGUCACUUUUGUUUGUUUGUUUUUUUUAUCCCGUUUUAAUUUAUUGCUGUACAGCUUUAUAAUGGCUCAAUCAAUGUCAAACACAUUAAAGUGAGAUGGUGUGAAUAAA